GAUGGGGGACAGCCGGGGGAAGAGCGGCAGAGGGAGCCGAGACCGUGAGAGAGUCAGCGGCCAGUGAACGACCAGCAGCUGGACGGAACCACGAUCAAAGCGAUGUGCUCCCAGCUCUGUCCUGACGCCCUCUGGGUCCUGAUGCUGCUCUGCAUCCCUGCAGCACACGCAGCAAAGUGUCCGCAGCAGUGCGUGUGUGACCAGAUCCAGCUCACUGUGACCUGCGUCAACAAGAACCUGACCCAAGUUCCUCUUACUGUCGACGAGAUCACGGUGAAAUUAGAUCUUCGAGGCAACGACAUCCAGGAACUUCCCACCGGGGCUUUCAAACACACCCCCUACCUGACGCACCUGUCGCUGCAGCGCUGCAACAUCCGGCGGGUGAAGGAGGGGGCGUUCCGCGGCCUCGGUCGCCUCGUCUUCCUCAACCUGGCCAACAACAACAUUGACAUCCUCUACCAGGAGUCCUUGGACGGCCUGUCCUCGCUGAAGCAGCUCAUGAUCGACCGUAAUCGCGUGGAAGAGAUCCAGCCGGGAGCUUUCUCUCAGCUCGGCUUCCUCAACCUGCUCUCCCUCACACACAACCAGCUGGUCUACAUCCCCAACAUGGCCUUCCAGGGUUUGCAGAACAUCAAAUGGCUUCGUCUUAGUCACAACUCUCUGAACUACCUGGACACCGAAGCCCUCGCCGGUCUGUUCACGCUCACACGUCUCAGUCUGGACCACAACGAGCUGCAGUUCUUCCCCUCUGAGACCAUGACCCGACUGCCGGAGGUGACCCGUCUUGAUCUGAGCUACAACCCGAUGACUUACGUCGGAGAGGAGGUGGUGUCCAUGGCCAAAUUGACCCACCUCUUCAUGGACCACAUGUCCCUGCAGGACAUGGACAACACGGCUGUUUCCAAAUGCCCCAACCUCAUCCACCUGGACAUCAGCUACAACCAGCUGCGUGUCGUCCAGCCUCUCUCUGAAGGGAAUCCCAAGCUGGCACGCCUCAACCUGGCGGGGAACCCCGUCUACUGCAACUGCUACCUGCGUCCACUCAGGGAGUGGUCGAUCCGGAACAAGGUGAAGCUGCUGGGCACAUGUGGAGGACCGGCCCAUCUGUCGGGGGAGAACCUGGAGGCCGUUUACCCGUCUGACCUGCGCUGUCAGAGCCAGGAGGCCAUGCUGAAGGCCGAGUUCGAGGAGGCAACCAGGGUCACAACACCACCCACGCAAGAACCAGCGAACAAGGUCAAGUGUCCGGCCAACUGUGUCUGCGAGGCUGAGACGCACCAUUCCUCGUGCGAAAACCGCGCUCACACCAAAGUUCCUCGGGGUUUCUCUCCAAACACACGACUCCUCGACCUGCGUGGAAACCACUUCCACUACAUCCCGAGCAACAGCUUCCCUGCCGUCGCCCAGGUCGUGUCCCUGCAUCUGCAGCGCUGCAAGAUCGUGGAGGUGGAGGGCGGGGCCUUCAGUGGCAUGAAGGGACUGAUCUACCUGUACCUGUCGGAGAACGACCUCUCUUCCCUCAGCCCUGACGCCUUUAAAGGCCUCCCUCAGCUGACUUACCUCCACCUGGAGAAGAAUCGCUUCACCGGUUUCCCCAAAGGAGCCUUUAAACUGGUUCCCAGCCUGCUGGCGCUCCACCUGGAGAACAACUCCAUCCCCAAGCUGGAGCCAGACAUGCUGAGCGAAGCCGAGGGCCUCCGAGCGCUCUACCUCACCGGGAACGCCAUCGAGCACGUGUCGCCCAGAGCGCUGGACCACGCCGGUGACCUCGACACGCUGCACCUGGGCGGGAACAAACUGAAGGAGGUGCCCACUGAAGCGUUGAGCAAGGCGGGGAACCUCCGAGACCUGAGGCUGUCUGGGAAUUCAAUUCGCUGGGUCGGGCCAAAUGCUUUCCGACCGCUGGAGAGGUCCCUGAAGGAGCUGUACCUGGACAACAUGGGGCUGGAGAAGAUGUCUCAGAACUCCCUGGCAGGUCUCGGUGCAGCGCUGAGGAGUCUCUUCCUGGAGGGCAACCAGCUGGAGGAGGUGCCGAACCUCCAGCCUCUCACUUCUCUGGAGGUCAUCAACCUGGCCGACAACCCUCUGAUGUGUGACUGCCCUCUGCUGCCACUACGCAUGUGGAUCGAGAAAGUCAACCUGAAGGUACGAGCCACCUGUGCCAAUCCCCCGGAGCUGAGGGGUCGCAGGGUGAAGGACGUCCACGUCUUUAGGGCGUGUCCCGGGGGGGAGAGCCUCCCUUCCCCGCCAACCGUCACCCCAAAGCCCGCCAAGGCGCCCAAGGCAACCAAACCCAAACCGAUGCACCUCAACGGCAUCCGGCAGGUCAAGAUGCUCAAGGUGAAAUCUAAACUUCGCAAAGGUUCGAACACAAAACCGGCUGCAGCCAAGAAAACCAGGGAGAGACGCAGCACGGCCUGAGCCGCCUUUUGUACGACGUUUUUAAAAGACAACCAUGGACUCAAAUCUUCUAGAAAUGUAACCUGUCGACACGGUUUCACAUCAGUUCUCCAUAUACAACAUAAACAUGUAAUAACUUCUGCAAUAAUCUGCUGCAUUGUUUAAUGAACAGUUUAAAGGCAGUUUGUACUAAAGUAUUGUACAUACUGCAGUGGUUAAUAAUAUAAUAUAAUAAUACAUGCAUUAUGGAAUAACCAACCAACAUGUCUUCAUCUCUACAUGUUAUAUUUCUGAGCAAGACUUUAUGGAGACAAUGAAAGAAUCUACUGAACUAAUUGUAUAUUUUAAAAUUAAUUGAAUGUAAUAAAACAUUUGUGUUAUGAAUGAAGACAUCCAUUCAUGCAACUCCCACCUGUAAUAAUCACAAUUGUUUAUAACAAACGCGGCAGAUUAUAACAAAAUGUGAGCGUUAUUAUACGUGAAGUGUAAAUGUUUUACAUGUUGUAUAAUGUGUCUCCUGCUUCACAUCCACAGCAGCUCUGAAGAAAGUUUUAUCUCCUUGAAGGAGGAACAUGAAGUUAAUGUCACUUUCUUUAGUUACUUGCUCAAAUAUUCUACAAUCUUUGUCUUUAUGUUAGUUAUCAUUAACCACUAUACUCUGAAUGUACUCAACUAGAAACAUUGGAAUCAGGAAGGUUUGUUUUUAAUCAAUUAUUUCAUAUUUACAAAAAAACAACACGUCUGGAUAUAAAACAGGAAAUAAAAUAAAAACAUUACAACAAACAUUUGUUUACUUUGUCAACACAGAAUGACCUUCAGGGUCAUAUUUACAGGUGUGUUACACUCACAACUAAUUAAUUAUGCAUAAAUGUCACCGUGUAGUGGAAUUUAUGAA